AUGGAAGAUAUAGUUUACAAUGUUUUAAUCAGAGGUUUAGUAAUUGGAUCAAGACACUAUGAAGUGUUGGCUUCCUCCACUAGUCAACUUCGUGAGCAUGGCCUAUGGAUGUACGCAAAAGAUUCAGAAGGUCGAACUGCCGCCUAUGUUCGCAUUUGGAUGGGGAAUUUUAGUGCUAUAAAAAAUGUGGCAAAAUAUAUGGCAAGGAUGGGACAGUGUCUCUCAUCCACCGAAGAGGGUACACAAAUAACACUGAAUGCUGGAAAUGAAAUAGCUUUACCUGACAUAAAGACUAAGGAUAGGAGGUAUAUUUUUUCAGAUGGCAUUGGUUCUGUAUCUUCUGACUUAGCUGAAGAGAUUCGUUCAGCAUACAUUAAAAGUGCUGCUCUAAAUGAUGAUGAGGUCGUGUUUUUCAACCCAACUGCUUUCCAAAUUCGAUACAAGGGAUGUAAAGGCAUGGUUGCAAUUGAUCCUACCCUUCCUGUGAGAACUAUUGGAAUUAGGCCAAGCAUGGAAAAGUUUGAAUGUGUUACUUCAAGCCAAUUAGAAAUUGUGAAGAUAAGUGCACCAAGAAAAUUAUUUCUUAAUAAACAUUUGAUUACAAUACUGGAGCAAAUGGGUGUGCCCAAAAAAUCAUUUUUGGAUUUACAAAUAAACAUGAUGAUGGACCUCUUAGACUCUCUUGUUGACGAAGGACGUGCAGCUUCCAUUUUAAUUGACAACAUGCCAGUACAUUUUCCAUUUUCAUCUCUUUCUAAAGCUGGUAUAUUUCUCACUCGGGAGCCGUUCUUCAGAUCACUUUUACUUGCAUUUUUCAAAUCUUUUGCUGCUAAACUUCAGACACACAUGAGAAUAGCCAUUCCUGAAAGUCAUGGAAGAAAUAUGCUUGGGAUCUUAGAUGAAACUAAAACAUUGAAGUAUGGUGAAGUAUUCGUUCAGUACAGCAAAAGUAUCGCUUUCCCAAAUCGUGAUAUGCAAAUUUUGAGAGGUUCAGUUAUAGUCACCAAGAAUCCAUGUCUGCAUCCAGGUGAUGUUCGGAAACUAACUGCUGUUGAUGUUCCUGCCUUGCACCAUUUGAGAGAUUGUAUUGUUUUUCCAGCUCAAGGGAAGAGACCGCACCCUGAUGAAAUGGCUGGUUCAGAUCUUGAUGGUGAUGAAUUUGUUGUUCUGUGGUAUGAGUCUUUGAUAUUCAAAAGAAAAAACUACGAACCUAUGCAGUAUCCUGUGUACACAGAUAACAACUUAUACAAAGAAAAUAUUGAGCUUUCUGACAUGCUGAAAUUUUUCUGUCAGUACAUACAGAAUGACACAAUUGGAACUUUUGCUCAUGCACAUCUUGUGUGGGCUGAUAGACUAGAAAACGGAAUUUUUUCAAAGAAAUGCAUGAGUAUUGCUCAACGAUAUCCUUAUGUAUUAGAUUUUGCAAAACACGGGACCCAAGAAGUCUUACAAAAAAGUGAUAGACCUGAUCAAUAUCCAGAUUUUAUGCAGAAGGGUCUCCAUGGCCACACUUAUCACUCGAAAAAGGUGUUAGGCUCUUUGUACCGUGUAUCAAGAGUUUUAGAAGCCUGUUCCAGCAAAGUUAAUUUAGUUGCCAGGUCAUCAAGUUUUGAUCCUGAUUUAGAAUAUACUGGAUGGCAAAGAUUUCAGACAUCAGCAGAAGAAAAUAAACUUAAUUAUUCAAAAUUGGUUUCAGAAGUUUUGGACAGGUAUGGUUUGGUUAGUGAGGCAGAAGCAUUCUCUGGUUUUAUUGAGCUAAAUGCUUGGAAGAAAUGGAAGCAUGAAACCUCUAAUGCAGUUCAAGUCAUAAAGAGAUAUAUAAUUAGCAUCAUGUCUAAUUUUCGAUUGAAAUUUCUUAAUGAAGUAGAAGAAGAAUCUACAAAGAAACAUCUUAAUGAUCAUGACAAAAGAAUUGUGAGGUAUCAACUUGCCUCAGCGUGGUAUAUGGUAGUCUAUGGCCAAAAUGUUGAAAGAAUUUUAAGUUUUCCUUGGAUUGUAAGUGAUAUUUUAGUUGAAAUCAAGCAGCAGUGUGAAAACAAGAGUUCAACAGUUGAGCUUGGUACUUCUCAGAACUUUUAUGAUGACAUAGAUGCGGAUUUAAAAUUGUUUUCAUCGAAUCCAAUUGAAGAUGGUUUCAAACUUUUGUCAAUUAAAUCAACAUGUUUUUGUGUGACUACAUUUAUCAAAAAAAAAGAAUCUUCUUUAGGCAGCUGCUCAAGUGAUUGCAAAGGGUUUUUGUAUAAAAAUCUCCAAGAACUGUCAUUACAGACUCUUUCAUACCUGGUAGUGAGUCGUAAUAUCUUUUACCUUGGCUUGAAAAUCGAAACAAGCAAUUACACAAAAAGUGCGAUAAGCAUGAAAGCAAGUGAGAGCAUUUUUGAAGAUGAAGGCACUCCAAUCAAAAUACCCGUGAAUGAUGUUUUGAAGAAACUGAUUGAAGAAUACAUGGACGAAAUCAAAACAUACUUAACUGAGGAAUCUGGGAUAAAAGGUAUUAUUAUGAAACCAGAGCAACAGAAUGGAAAAUUUGUCCUGAUUGUAAAUUCCUUGGGAAAAAAUUGGCAGAGAUGGAAUUUGCAAAACAUUCUUUUAGAUCCUGAGUUCACAUCUAAAUUGAAAAUUGUAUUAAAUGCUAAAUGAGUUUUGUGAGGGUUUCAUGAUAAGCACAAAGCACUCUAUGCUCAUGUUUCGUAGGUAACUCUUAGAACUAGUUGCUGUUCAUCUUAAAUUUUAUGAAUUUGCAUUGCAGAGAUUUGUUGAUGUGUACAGGUGAUUUAUUUUAUAUUUAGUAUUUUAUGGCUGUCAAAUAUAAUGACUUGUUAUUUAGUUUAUUGAAAAUUUAAUUAUUGGAUAUUAAAAUUCUUGUCUCGGGAGAAAAAAAAAAGUUGAGUUCAUGUAUGUUAAAUACUCAAGAUAAAACUCUGUUCAACUUGCAUUGGGAAGCGAUUUGUGUUUUCCAGUAUGUGCUAUUGUGUAUUUAAUUCAUUCCUAAAAAUGUGUCAGCCAAAUUGAAGUUUGACCCCAAACAUAUGAUUGAACAAAUGUGUUAUUUAUUUGUCUGAAAAAUCAUUUGCAGUCUAAGACCCCCUAUGAUGUGGGAUUCACAACUUUUUUUUAAAUCUCACUCAGUAAAAAUUAUUUUGUUAGUUGGAGCAACUAACUGCUACAAUUGCUGUUUACCAAUUAGCUGGCAUACAUUAAAAAGAAAGCGAAAUUUCUUGUCUCAGAUAUAUCAAUUUUUCAUAUUUAUUUUUAGAAAGCAACCUGUAAAACUAGAAUGACUAGCUAUAAUUUUCAUCUGCCAUUUUAUUAUAAUGCAUGAUCAAAAGACUCUAGGAAUUUAGCUGCAAAGAAUUAAAAAGAAAGUACACACUUAAAUGUCUGUGGAACUUAGAGUUUAUCUUCUGCUUCUAGUCGCACCAAACAAAUUUUUUGUGAAACCCAUUUUGUGCCUAAACCACUCCAAAAUGCUUUAGUUGGAGAGGUCGUCAUUUUCGGACUUUUUUUGUUGAGGUAUUUACACAUUUCUUAAAAAAAUCUGUUUUAUCAUUUAGUUCCUAAUUGAUUUUGAAAAGAAUCUUGCCUAUGUAACAGACAUUCAAAGAGGUUUUAAUGUUAAUGUUUCUUCAAAAAAGGUAAUAAAUACUGCUAAAAUAAUAAGAUGCGCUUUUGUUCUGACAAACAAAGUAUUCUUUUUUGAUGUUAUGUUCAGAAUAAAUUUUGUAUUGCAUGAUAUGCAAAGAUUUUGCUCAAAUAAAUAUUUGUCUAAAAUGUUCAAGCAAUCAACUAAACUGCAGAAAAAAAAUCUACUCUCCCAUUACCAAUUCAAAAACACUUAAAAUUUUGGUCAGGUGCGAAAUCUCACCUUUUUUCCUCCAAUAUGAACCCUAAAGCAGGCUGGGUACGAAACUAUAAAAUCAGGUUGCUGUGACAGAAUUUUAGUGCUUCUAAAUUACAGAAUUUUUUAAACAUAUGAAUUAUGUUUCAACCCGUUUAAAUUUUUGACAAAUGAUUAAUUUUCCAGAAAUUAAAAAAAAUAUGUGUCAAUUGUUUAGUGGUAUUACUGAAUUAUUGUCACCUUUAAAAAUGUAAUUCUGAUAUUUGCUUAAAUAUUUUCGUGCACCAUUCCUCUAUUUACCCCUUUUAAUGACAGGCAUGUUCAUGCAUUUGGUUUUAUAUGGUUUUGAAGUUAGUUGCUGUUUUAGUAGUUGUAUUGAUUGGAGAACAAAAUAAUUAUAAUACAAAUGUUCAUUUGGUAUAUUUUAUCAAAAGCUGUCCCCCCCCCCCCACUUCCACCAAGACAAAGCAGCAUUUUGAAGCAUCAAACAAGGCUUAAACUCUGUCCUGUGUACCUUCAUUCUCUAGUGAAGAACAGUAGUAAAUGCAGGUGUUUUGUGCUCACCAUUGUCUCUUUACUAAAUAAGAAAAUAAAAUAAUUUAAAACUUUUUAGAAAAAGACAGCAGUUUUUUAAAACUACUAUAAUAAAAUAAGUCCAACAGUUCUUUAAAAUUCUUACUGAAAUUAGAUCUAAUCUCUUUUGAAAUCCUCAUUAGUGAGAGUUAAAUUGUUUGUUAAUAACACCAACUGUUCCUAAAAACUAGUAUUAAUAUAAGCCCCAACAGUUCUUUAAAAUUCUUAUUCGAAUAAGCAUAUAAAUAUACAUAAUCUCUCUUGAAAUCCUCAUUUGUGAAAGUUAAAAUUGUUUGUAAGUAACAUCAACAGUCCAUAAAACUCUUCAUUAGAAUAAGAACAAAGACAUUCUGAAUUUGCUGCAGGGGGUACCGAAAAAUUCUAAUUUGAAACAAGCAUAAGAAUCCCUUAAAAUCCUUUUGUAAAUUUUCGAUUCUGCUGUUGUUCUCCCUCCUGAGGAUUGUUGACAUGUAUCCUUGGACAUGUUCAUUUCAAUAUCUAUUGUAAGCAAGGAAGAGAGCGUUGCUGUAAUCAAGUGUUGGGGCAAAGUAAGUGUUUUUUCAUGAAACAUUGUUUGUUUAUAAAAGGUAGAAAUGUGUGUGUAAUUUACUGAAAACUCGUACUAAACUCCCCUCCAAUGAGCCAAAUGUAGAAGUAUUGAUUUGCCAAUUACGUUUACUGCCCACCCCAUUUCUUGAAAAUUGGUGUUAUUCACUCUUCUGUCAAAUUCAAUCGAGUCUCGAAAAUCCAAGGUAAUUGGGGCUAAUACCAGCUCGGAUUAUUGAAAACUCAGAUUAUUUGGAAAAUUCUUAGCAAUUACAAUUUUAACCACAUAUUUGGAUGACAAAAAGACGCAUGUAUCUUUUACUUCCCUGUACGAAGUAUAUGAAGUAUUGUAGCAAUGAAAAAUUUUCUCCUAAAUUUCCAUUUUAAUAACCCAUGAAUCUAUUUUCAAAAAUGUUUUGAGAUGUCUACGUAUUUAAUAUGUAAGAAUGUGUGAGCAACUAAAAAAUCCGAUUUGUCUACCCC